AUGAAUAAAUUAUUUUCAUUAAUUUUAGCUUUAUUCCUUGUCAACUCCGCUGUUGUCUCUUCACUCGACUCAUGUAGUAUUUGUGUUGAUUUUGUUGGUAACUCACUCAAUGAUCUUUUAAAUAUUAUCCUUAACUCUGGUGUUAUUGGUACCUGUGGUGAUCUUUGCUCAGCUGUUCCAGGUGGUCAAAUUGUUGAUACCGUUUGCGACUUAUUAUGCGAUUAUGUUGGCGUUGAUGAAUUUAUUAAACUCAUUUCAGAUGUUGACCCAGAUCCAAUUUACAUUUGUGAAAAGAUCAGUGUUUGCAAAACCAACGAUAACGCAGCUGCUUCAUUAGAUUUAGUUCAAAUUAACCCACAAAACGGUACUGUCGGUGGAACAUUCACCCUCUCAAUUGCUUACACUGUUACCAACACCAUCGCCACUGGUCAAUUAGCUUUCAAUAUCAUCGAUCCAACCGGUAAUGCUUUUGGUGAUGCCGUUUUAUUAGUUCAACAAUCACCAGAACAAUACACCCAACAAUUCCAAUUCCAAGCUACCCCAUCAGAACAAGAAUCAUUCCCAAAUGGUUUAUACACUGUCCAAGCUCUCGUUUGUGAAGGUUCAUGUGGUUCACCACAUCCAAACACUUACACUCUUGCCAACGGUACCACCACUUUCACCAUCUCUGGUGCUGAUUCUUCAUCAAUGUCUGGUGCUGGUUCUUUCUCUGGUUCUUCCCAAUCAACCCAAACUGGUGCCGCCUCUGGUUCAGGUUCAGGUUUUGCUUUAUUUUAA